AUGGCGGGCCGGUGGCUCCCGCUGGGCCGCCGGGCGGCGGCCGCCCUGGGCGGCGGCGCAAAAGACGCUACAAUGAAGGCUUGCGGGGGUGCAUGGAUUGAGGGAAUGCCGACGGCAGGGAUGGCAUCGGAGGCGUCGUGCGCGCACUCGCCGGGGGACGCCGACGGCGCGACGGGGAGGGUCUACCGGAAUGUCGGCGUGGAGAGGGCCGAAGGCAAGGGAGGCUAUGCAGUUCUGCUGGAUGGCAGGGCCCUGAAGACACCAGCAGGACAUCAGUUUGUCCUGCCCACCUACCGCCUGGCGCUGGCGAUCGCGGCUGAAUGGGAGUGGCAGAAAGGGAGGUCAAUAUGGCCAAUCACUAUGCCGAUCCAUUCCCUUGCAGCAACAUCCAUUGACAUGCCAAAGCCAAGGAUCCGGGUGAUAGAAGACAUGUUGCACUUCAUCCACACCGAUGCAGUUUGCUGCAGGGUCGAUCCAGGAGAGCUUGCUGACAAGCAAGCAGAGAUGUACAAUCCUCUGGUUUCCUGGGUUGUGGAUCGCUUUGGGGUGCAGCUGGAGCUGUCCGACACCAUCUUUGGGGCGCAACAAUCAGAAUCCACUGUUGAUGUGUUUCAUCAGUAUCUGCAAGGUCUUGAUGCCUGGCACCUGACGGCUGCUGACGCAAUGGCCAGCUCCUGCAAAUCGCUGAUCAUUGGCCUGGCGCUCCUCAACGAUCGCGUAUCGCUGCUGGAGGCAAUAGAAAUUUCUCGGCUGGAGGAGGAGUUUCAAAUAGGGGCGUGGGGUCUGGUGGAGGGUGGCCACGAUCUGGAUAUUGCCGAAACAAAAGUGCGGUUGUCGUCCACCAAAGCUUUUGUGCGUCUGCUCAAAAGCUGA